CCCCCCGCGGGGUUGGCUCGCGCGCGGAGGGCUCGCGGGGGCUCCGGUGUCGGCGGGGGGUGCCCCGGCCGUGCGCCCCCGCGGUGCCCUGGCUCGGAGUUCUCAGCGCUUCUCUCCCGCCAGGCUCCGAUGGCGGAGGGUCGCCGGGCAGCAGCCGCGAUGUGGGGGUGACCGGCAGCGCGCGAUCCGGGAGCCCGUGAGAGCAGCGGGGACCUGGGCCAGGCGGACGUCCGUCGGCGGGCAGGGCGACGCAGGUGUUCGGGAUGGAAGCGGAAGGCUUGGACUGGCUUUUGGUCCCCUUGCACCAGCUGGUUUCCUGGGGGGCAGCCGGGGCCAUGGUCUUCGGAGGGGUCGUGCCGUAUAUCCCCCAGUACAGGGACAUCCGGAGGACUCAGAACGCUGAGGGCUUCUCUACCUACGUGUGUCUGGUGCUCCUGGUGGCUAAUAUUUUACGGAUCCUCUUCUGGUUUGGACGGCACUUUGAGUCGCCGCUUCUCUGGCAGAGUGCAGUCAUGAUCUUGACCAUGUUACUGAUGUUGAAGCUCUGCACCGAAGUCCGCGUCACAAACGAGCUGAACGUAAAACGCCGUUUCUUUGCAGCUGCAGAUAAUAAGGAUGAAGAAAUCAAGGUCCCCCCCAGGCGGUCAUAUCUGGACUUUGACCCUCACCACUUCUGGCACUGGAGCAGCUUUGGGGACUACGUGCAGUGUGUCCUGGCCUUCACGGGAGUGGCGGGCUACGUCACAUACCUGUCCAUUGACUCAGCCCUGUUUGUGGAGACCCUGGGCUUCCUGGCUGUGCUGACUGAGGCCAUGCUGGGGGUCCCACAGCUCUACCGCAACUACCGCCACCAGUCCACCGAGGGAAUGAGCAUCAAGAUGGUGCUCAUGUGGACCAGCGGCGACACCUUCAAGACGGCCUACUUCCUGCUCAACGGCGCCCCCCUGCAGUUCUCCGUGUGCGGCCUGCUGCAGGUGCUGGUGGACCUGGCCAUCCUGGGACAGGCCUACGCCUUCGCCCGCCACCCCCAGAAGCCAGCCCCCCACGUGGCACACCCUGCCAGCGCCAAGGCCCUCUGAGGUGGCGGGGGAGGACACGGACAUGUGGCCUCCGCCGUGGGCACUGGCCCAGUCACCUGUCAUCCCUGUGUGGGGCAGGUGGGCACUGUGGCCCAAGGGGAUGUCUGGGUCAUCGGGAUCUCGAUCAGCUCUGUGGGUCUCGGGUGCACUGCCAGGGGGCCUGGGUGCCAACAUUGGUGCUCUACCCUGAGGACGAGUGUGAGUGGGCACUAGACCCCAGGGCUGGGCUGAGGCUGUUUUCCAGGUGAUGGAGAAGCAAGUGUUCUCUUCUUUCCUCUCAGAAAACACUUGUCUGGAACUUGGAAUGUGCUCACAGACCCAGGAAACGCAGACUUCGGGCUGCUACGGGACAGGGCGCCAGGAAGCCCCUCUGGGACUCAGGCCUGCCGGGAGCCCCCGGGGCCUGCAGCCGGGCUCUCGGCAACCCUCGGCCUGGGCAGGUUGGGGAGCAGGAGUGAGCAGGGGCACCAGGAGAACCCGCACACACGGCGCACAGAGCCUGGUCUCAGAAUGGCCCAAACGUGGACAUCCUGGUGACAGCAUGCGCGCGAGAGUGACUCAGAGCAGGGCCCGGGCACAGAGAGUGGGCCUGGGGUUUGUACGCAGCUGAUGCUUGUGGGAA